AUGUUUAGAGCAGAGAGAAUAACAAAAUUAAUCACAGAAAAGUUCCCUUCAGCAAAGGUAAGCAUAACAGACAGAACAAAAGAGCACAGCACCCAUAGAGAAAUGAUAAGCAAAGAUGACCCACAAGAAACCCACUUAGACAUAUCAGUGUGUGAAGGAUCCUUUGAAGGGAAGCCACUUAUAAACUCAAUAAGAGAAAUAAACAGACUAAUAAAAAAUGAAUUCACACAGGGCCUACACGCAGUCACAAUUUCAUGCACAUACACUGAUAAAUAAUAAAUAUUACACAUACA